AUGAUUUCCAGUAAGAACAAAAACACAAACACAAACCCAGCAACAGAUCUUCCUUGUCAACCAAACACAAAAGCAACAAACACAAACCCAGCAACUAACGACGAUGAGGACGAAGAUGUGGAGAAGCUUCUAGAGCCGUUCACGAAGGACCAUCUCGUGGCUCUGAUCAAGAAAGGAGUGAGCAAGCACCCGGAAUUGAUUGAAAUCGUGCGUGAGCUCGCCGAUGCGGACCCCGCCCACCACAAGAUCUUCAUCCACAGCCUCAACUGGGACACCACCGUCGAAACCCUCACCUCCAUCUUUGGCAAGUACGGCAAGAUCGAGGAUUGCAAGGUGGUCACCGACCGCGUCUCCGGUAAGUCCAAAGGCUACGCCUUUAUUCUCUUCAAGCACCAGAGCGAUGCCUGGAAGGCUCUCAAGCAGCCCCAGAAGCAGAUCGGUAAUCGCACCACCCCAUUGCCGAGACCCAUGGCCACACCCAUCAGUUGCUGA